GGGUGACGCACAGGGACAGCCCCGCACAUACAGGACAGAAGGAUCGUGUCCACGCCUUCUUCAUCCCAUCAAUGCUGUGUCCACAUUCACUCCUGCCAGACACACAACUGCAACUGACAAGGAUUUUCCAUGGCGACAAUCUCUCCUUGCACACGCCUCGCGCUUCUCCUUCUGUUGCCUCAUUUCCUGACUCUAUCACUCGCAGCUGAAGAUGACCUCGUAAUCGACACUAGGCAUGGGAAAGUUCAAGGGAAGUUGCUUUCAGUGCCGGGGGGUGAUGUUAGAGCAUUUUUGGGAAUUCCUUAUGGGAAACCACCUCUGGGGAAACUGAGAUUUAGAGCCCCACAGCCUGUAGAGAGAUGGGAAGGAGUGAGGGAUGCCACCAAAUACUCAAAUUCCUGCUACCAGGUGCCGGAUUCGAGCUUUCCAGGGUUCAAAGGCGAAGAGAUGUGGAAUCCAAACACUCCUUUAAGUGAGGACUGUCUAUACCUAAACGUCUGGUCCCCACGUAUCAACAAAACCCAGCCUCAGCCCAUGCCACUGGCUCCUGUCCUUGUCUGGAUCUAUGGAGGCGGGUUUUAUUCAGGAACCUCCUCUCUGGACGUAUAUGAUGGUCGCUUCUUGAGUAAAUCUGAAGGUGUUGUUGUGGUAUCAAUGAAUUAUAGACUCGGUGCUUUGGGUUUCCUGUCUAUUCCUGACAACAAGAACAUCCAGAGCAAUGUAGGCCUGCGGGACCAGCACUUUGCCCUCCAAUGGGUAGCCGACAAUAUAGCUGCUUUUGGAGGUGAUCCCACAAAGGUGACUCUGUUUGGGGAGAGUGCUGGGUCAGCAUCUGUGGGCUACCAACUACUCUCCCCAGGCAGCCAAAGGCUUUUUCAAAGGGCUGUGAUGCAGAGUGGGUCUCCUAAUGCAUACUGGGCCGGGGUCAGCCAGACUGAGAUUUGGAGCAGGUCCAUGAAGCUAGUGACGUUACUGGGAUGUCCCACAUCCCCUCCGUCUGAUAUGGAAGCUUGUCUGCUGCAGGCUAAUCCUAAGACAAUCACAUCAAAGCAAAACGAUGUUGCACCGCUUACGCUUACACCCUUUGUCCCUCAUGUUGACGGAGACUUCCUACCUGAUAAAGUUGAAGCGUUGCUUAGUAGUGGUACCCUUCUAAAGAAAGAUGUGAUGUUUGGCUUAAACAAGGAUGAAGGGACUCCCCUCCUGCUGUAUGGAUAUCCUGGAUUUAGCCUCACCGGUCAGAGUCUCAUCAGCAGGCAUGAGUUUGUGAGUGGAGUGGAACUUGCAUUGGUACAUUUGAGUGAUGUCUCAAGAGAUGCGGCCAUUUUCCACUACACUGAUUGGACAGAUGAGAAUGACAAGAUGAAAAAUCGAGACUUGCUGGGUCGUCUGGUUGGAGACCAUAUGUUCUAUUGUCCUGUGCUAGACUUUGCUCACAGGUAUGUGCAGCGUGGCGGUCCGGCGUACCUGUAUUUAUUUGACCACCGAUCAUCCGUGAAUCCUUGGCCAGAGUGGAUGGGCGCUAUGCACGGCUACGAGAUAGAAUUUGUCUUCGGAAUGCCUCUAAAUGCGUCCCUGGGAUAUACGAAGAAUGAAGUAAACAUGACCAAGAAGUUUAUGAAACACUGGGCCAACUUUGCCCGGACAGGGAAUCCAGGCAUUGACGGAGCUACCUGGCCACUGUUCACCCCUGAACGGCAGGAAUAUGUCACUCUGAACUACAACCAACCAGAACAAAAGAGGAUGCUGAGAGCUGAAGAGAAUCACCUGUGGAAUACACUAAUGCCAAAACUACAGAAAGUCUCAGAUGAUCUUCUGUCUUGUGUAACGGGAAAUGGGCUUACACUCCACUGUAACUACACCCUCCUCCUCCUCCUUCUGUUGGUUAUAACUUUAACCUACUGAUAGAGGGAAGAGACCUGUGUUCUGUAAGCCAUAUACAACAGUUUAUAUGAAAUAAUGGGCAGAACGAAUGAACAAAGUGUAUUGUUAAUUUAAACAAAUGCUCCUAUUUGCUGCAGCUGUUCCUACAAUAACCAGCAUUUACAGUCAUUUCUUAAUUUAAAGAUGCAGCUGCUCCUGUGUCACAGUAGCUACGUGCUUCCCAGGGGCCUGAUUACAGAAAAAAAUAUCUAACUGCUUGUCCUAUCUUCCUAUUACAAAAGCAAUUUCUAAACUCAGGGCUGUGUUCUAUCCUAUCUCAGACUUACCUAUCUUACCUUAAGAAACUAUAAGUAUAAAUUUGAUUCUUCAAUUGCACUGUUCCUGUCAUGUCUGUAUAUAUGUUCAGAAUGUACGCGAGACUGCCUGCAUCUUUGAGCCUGUAUAUUUCUGGUAUUAUACCUGCACCCGUAUCUCCAGCUGACCACUUGUUUUCGGAUUCUGUUACUGUCUAUGUCACUUGCACUAGAAGUUCUACAGACCCUGCACAUAGUUAUUACAUCCACACUCUCACUAGCUGGAGAAAUUGCUUUCAGUAGAAUCCAACACAUCUACUUUCACAGGGCAAAAUAAUGGAUGGUCAUGCAACACGUAUUCCAACUCAUCAUAAAAUGGGAAAUCUAGAGCGUUAGCACGUGGUCACCAAAACAACCACCAUGUCCUGCACUGAUUAUGUAGUUCUUGCUAGGGACUCAUCAGGAUGCAUCGGGAUAUCUUACUAUAUAAUGACAAAAACUCUGUCUGUGUGUCUGUUCCACGUUUUUCUCCUCACUGACUUGGUCAACCCAUGUGAAAUUUGCCACAGUGGUAGAGGGUCAUGGGAGUAUGCAAAUGGGGCAAUAUUACAUCAAUUGGCCAAAGAGGGGCGCUAUAGCAACCGAUUGAAAUUGCAAACUUUGAAUGGCCAUAUCUCAUGCCCCAUAUGUCGUAGAGACAUGAAACUUUGCACAGAGAUACCUCUCCUCAUGAGGAACAAAUUUGCCUCAAGAACCCA